GUAUCCUGGGUGUCCAAGUUUUAGCCUCAAUAUCAUCUUCCAGCCCCAUCGUCAGUACUUCCAGCCCACGUCUACUAGUUGAUUGCCCCGUCACAACAGCUCUUAGUUUCUCACCCUCUCUUUUCCAUCCCACUUUCCCCAAGGUUCCAUUGCAUAAUCCCAGUUUGGUUCUCGGUCUGUCUCCGGCUGACACUCAGCUCGGGUCCCUCAACAAGAUGGUAAUUUCCUCUGGCCUUUCCCCUCUAUCUGCUUCACCUUCUGCCUCUGGUUCUUUUUCUGGUAACGUCGAUAUACUUGCAAAGGUCAAAGCGGCUAUAGUUACUACGCCCUCUACAACUCCAGUUGCCUCGCCUUCUCUUGGCUUCCUUCCUUCUAGUGUCAACAAGAGCCAUUUAUGCGGACCACUUUCCUCCAGUGGCAUCUGUGGCUUGAGUGUGCCGUUUACGGUGACUAGUUUUUCAGCUGGUCUUGCUUCAUUAGGAAGCUUUGCCGGGGCAGCCGCGUUCCGUACCACUAGUUUCAGCGCCUUUGCUGCCAAGGCCACUGCUCUUGAAACUGAUGUCCGCAAGGGCUUUGCUCAUUUUGACGUAAGCACAAUUUCUUUUUCAGAGCUGGCAGCGCGAGCUGCUAACAUAUCUUCUACUGGCCGCUCCCCUUGUCCUCCAUGUUUUUCUGCUCUGGAUGGAAAGUCACCCGCUGGAGCUGGCCUCUUAAGUAAUACUCCUUUCGCCUCGAGCCUCUCGACUGCAACUGCUGUCUGCCCUACUUUUACACCGGGUAAUCCAACUCCAGCCGGUACUACGCCAUCAACUUCUGUUGGCCUUUGGUGCAGCACUCCCGCUACUGGUGGUGGUGGUGCCAGCGGACAAAGCGGCAGUGAGACGAGCUGCCAGCCUGGUAGCUGCAACUCUAUUUUGACUGCUCCACUUUGGUAUUCACACAAAGGCACUCUUCUCUCCGAGGAUAUGGUGGAACCACGGCUUCUUUUUUCAGCGGCCAGUUCAGCCAUUUCAAACGCUGCCUCGGGAGAUGACAAUAUAUCUAUUCUGGAAGAACCUACUUUGCAAGCCAUCCCUGACCAGAUACUUUCUACUAGCAAUAAGACGGCCUCUCCAGGGUCAGAAUAUCGACCAAUUCAAUCGGUUGUUCUCAGACCAGCUCCAAUUGAGCUUACUGAAGAGACCCCGUAUUCUAGAAGUCUUCAAGUUUCUCCAGCUUGCUCUAGUUCAUCUAACAUCAUGAAUCCUCAACAUGCUGAUUAUUUAGCGGAACGCUCACUUGCCCGGCCCCCUUCGAAUCAGAUUACAAAUCAAUCUCCACAUUCUUUGCCCACUGAGACCAUCAUAGUCGAAAAGAGACCUUCAUCAUCUUGGAGACGAAAAAGGCGAAGUCGAUUUGGACGGAUUCGAUCUUCCAAACAGAGGAACUCUUCUCGUCCUAAAACUGACAGCGCUAUUGCUCCAAACUCCCCAAAGUUAUCUACUAUAUGUUGCGGAUCUCCGCAAUCAAAUUCAUCUAUCAUUCUUACCUCUCAGCCAAUCAGAUCAAAGGCCUCAGAUGAGUUCGCCAACCGAUUCAGCGAUCCACCCACUCCCUCCCUUGCACUUUCAUCUCAGUCUUUAACACUUGUGGCUCCCAUAGAGCAGAAUAUUAUUUCUGAGGACCAUUCUUCUUUUUUUCCGCUUUCUUCGUGUCCAUCUCCACAUGUUUAUUCUAAUGCCUUAAUCACAGACCCUACCUUCGAAACAGUCCAGUCUCCUGAACAAAUCGAUUCGUCCCUUAUUUCUAGUCUUGUUCCUAGUGAACCUCCAAAGUUGCUUCUUCUUGUCAGACCAGAUCAGCACCUCACACAACCUCAAUCAAUCACGGAUCCUAGUGAAAAUCCUUGCACCCAGCGAGCUCAAGCGGCCUUUAUCGCUCUUCAGCCUUGCCUAUCUCAUAACAGCCCGAUCAAUACCAAUCUGCCUAAUCGUCGCGAACCUCCUGAUGAUACUGAUUUGACUGCCACCAUGAAUCGUGAACGUGAUGGAGAGGAAAUUGAUUUAUUUCAGGACAAAGCAAAUAUUGAUACGACCUACCUGCCCAGUCCAUUACUUGGUGGUCCUGAAGCUCGAACUACCGGAGAACCAUCUCCACGGAAUCCCCCUGUCCCCAUGCCCAACGGAUCGACCAGCACCAGCUCACCAGUGUCCAAUCUGAUAUCAGAGGACAAGACGGAAGAGGAUUUUCCUGAGAAAAAGCAAAACAGAAUGGAGGAAGAAGGACUCCAAGAACCUGUACCUGAAGAAGAGCUAGUCACUUGCACUUCGGAGGCCGCAGAAGCUGUCUCCGAGUCUGAGGAUAAUAGCCAACCUGACGCUGAAGGUCCAUCUGAGACGGACCGAUCAAAUCCCGUUCAAUUGGAGAGUGAUUCGACAGAAGCUCAUUCAAGUUUGGCUCACCCAGCAGAACCAACCUGCCAACAUGCAGAAUCCCUCUCACACGAUGAGGUGGCAGCAGGGACGCCUGGUAUAGCUUUAUUUCAAGCCACCGUUGAUACAAGUGAACUAGAGCGUGCUCCAAUCCGUCUAAAAUUAAAUUUAAAGAGUCUCGUCAAGUCAGUCUCAACUGGCUCACGUUCACCUGGCCCUGGAGUUGCUGAGUGCGAUGCUUUGGCCCGUGCAGAACACGAAGCUCGUGAGCAGCGCCGCGAGCGCCGCACUGAACGUCGUCUAGCUAAAGCACAG